GUGUGUUCCUUAUUCCCUAUGUCCUGAUUGCCCUGGUUGGAGGAAUCCCCAUUUUCUUCCUGGAAAUCUCACUAGGCCAGUUCAUGAAGGCCGGCAGCAUCAAUGUCUGGAACAUCUGUCCCCUAUUCAAAGGCCUGGGCUAUGCCUCCAUGGUGAUUGUCUUCUACUGCAACACCUACUAUAUCAUGGUGCUGGCCUGGGGCUUCUAUUACCUGGUCAAGUCAUUCACCACCACUUUGCCCUGGGCCACGUGUGGCCACACCUGGAACACUCCUGACUGUGUGGAGAUCUUUCGCCAUGAAGACUGUGCCAAUGCCAGCCUGGCCAACCUCACAUGUGACCAGCUUGCUGACCGUCGAUCUCCUGUCAUCGAGUUCUGGGAGAACAAAGUUUUGAGACUCUCUGCGGGGCUGGAGGUGCCAGGGGCCCUCAACUGGGAGGUGACCCUAUGCCUGCUGGCCUGCUGGGUGCUGGUCUACUUCUGUGUGUGGAAGGGGGUCAAGUCAACAGGAAAGAUUGUGUACUUCACUGCUACAUUCCCCUACGUGGUCCUCGUUGUGCUGCUGGUGCGAGGGGUGCUGCUGCCUGGAGCCCUGGAUGGUAUCAUCUACUAUCUCAAGCCUGACUGGUCAAAGCUGGGGUCCCCUCAGGUAUGGAUAGAUGCCGGGACCCAGAUUUUCUUCUCUUACGCAAUCGGCCUAGGGGCACUCACAGCCCUAGGCAGCUACAAUCGCUUCAACAACAACUGCUACAAGGACGCCAUCAUCCUGGCACUAAUCAACAGUGGGACCAGCUUCUUUGCUGGUUUUGUGGUCUUCUCCAUCCUGGGCUUCAUGGCCACAGAGCAGGGUGUGCACAUCUCCAAGGUGGCAGAAUCAGGGCCUGGCCUAGCCUUCAUUGCCUACCCACGGGCUGUCACACUGAUGCCUGUGGCCCCACUCUGGGCUGCCUUGUUCUUCUUCAUGCUGCUGCUGCUCGGUCUGGACAGCCAGUUUGUAGGUGUGGAGGGCUUCAUCACCGGGCUCCUGGAUCUCCUCCCGGCUUCCUACUACUUCCGUUUCCAAAGGGAGAUCUCCGUGGCCCUCUGCUGUGUCCUUUGCUUUGUCAUCGAUCUCUCCAUGGUGACUGAUGGCGGAAUGUACGUCUUCCAGCUGUUUGACUACUACUCAGCUAGUGGCACUACCCUGCUUUGGCAAGCCUUUUGGGAGUGUGUGGUGGUGGCUUGGGUUUACGGAGCUGACCGAUUCAUGGAUGACAUUGCCUGUAUGAUUGGGUACCGACCUUGCCCUUGGAUGAAAUGGUGCUGGUCCUUCUUCACCCCAUUGGUCUGCAUGGGCAUCUUCAUCUUCAACGUUGUAUACUAUGAGCCACUGGUCUACAACAAUACCUACGUGUACCCAUGGUGGGGCGAAGCCAUUGGCUGGGCCUUUGCACUUUCUUCCAUGAUGUGUGUGCCCCUCCACCUCCUGUGCUCUCUCCUCAGAGCAAAAGGCACCAUGGCAGAGCGCUGGCAGCACCUGACCCAGCCUAUCUGGGGCCUCCACCACUUGGAAUACAGAGCUCAGGAUGCAGAUGUCAGGGGCCUGACCACCCUGACUCCAGUGUCUGAGAGCAGCAAGGUUGUCGUGGUGGAGAGUGUCAUGUGACAGGCACCUCCAGCUCACAUCACCAGCUCAUCCUUUGGUAGCCAUAGCAGCCCCUGCUUUAGCCUCUACCCAUUCCUCCAGGGGGCCUGCCUUUCCUUGACAGUUUGGGGGUCUGCCAGGGGGGAGGGGGGAAGAAGCACCAUGAGUGCUAACAAAAAUAACUUUUUCCAUUUUCAAUAAAAUGCCAAAAAUAUCACAACCCACCAAAAAUAGAUGCCUCUCCUCCCCAGCCCUUAGCCAUGCUGGUACUUGCAUUGCUUCCAGGCCCCACCUCCUGUCCUUCCAUGUCCCCAGGACCUAUCUUCUAGCCUUGCCAGCCCUACCUGCCUGCCUCCCACGCUCUGCUCUGUAACACACCUUCACCCAAGAAACAACAGUGGCAGCUUGGGGAACAGGAGAGGAGGGAAAGAAUAAGGUGGGACAGGAGGG